UAAUAAGACUGUUGUUAGGCUCGUUUCGUGAGCAGACUUCACAAGCGGCAAGAUUUCGCAAACAGUGCUAAGACAGAGCUUAAUGAGCUUAGUAUCUCGUCAUGCCAAUGGGAAAUAUGACAAACUGAACAACCAAGAUGUCAGAAAAAGGAAGGAAAGCAACAACAGCAGGAAGGGGCAAGGUUUCAAAAGCCAAAUCAGUUUCCGUGAAACCUGGAAUAAAAUCUACCCCGGUGAAAAGAUCAGGAUGUUUCAAAGAGAGACAAACUAAAUCUGGAAAGAAGAUCACCAAAAAAAUUCCUCGUCCAAAGCCUGGCUACUCUCUCUAUUCUUCGGACUCAGAGGAUCAGAUAUCAUCUCUCAAUUGUGGCAUUGACAAAUGUUCUGAACUCCUAGCUAACCUGAUUCAGAGGAAGAAAGGAGGGAACCAAUGGGCAAAGCCAGUGAUCAUGCUUAGCCGAGAAGGGAAUGAGAAUUGCGAUCUUGUGAACUCAAGAUGCACACCACUUACACAGACGAAAGAUCGAGUUUUCAUACCAACAGCUGGCACUGAGUCCCCUGAUACACAGGUAGCCAAUAUGGUUGAUGGUAGACUGGCAAGAUCUCGUGCUCCACUGGUGGAGGUUCGCACACCUUUUAACCAGCGCCUUGUUUCGUCCACUCCUGACCCAGAGAAGGUUGCUGAUGAUGAUGGAUAUGCUCAGAUGAUACCUGAGAAAGAUACACACCCAUCUAAACAUGGCAAGGAAAAAAUUAUCACUUAUACACCCAGUUUGCCUCUCCCUCAACAAAAUAUCGUUCAAGAAGUUGCAGAUUUGAAAAUUGACAACAACCAAAACUAUCUGAAAGAAGGAGAAUCUUUUGAAAAGGCAUUCAGACCUGUUUCAUUCCAUACAGAAAAUGAUUUUAUUGAAGGUGUGAAGAGAUUUGAAGAUUCCUUCCCAGCUUGCCAUAACAGGAAGAGUAGUAUUGGUGAUUUUCAGUGUUAUCUCCAGCGAGAGUCAACAGGGUUCUCUCCACCUUUAUUCCCAUCUAGUCAAGAUAAGCCAAUAACAGAGUCUGUAAGUAAUGAUCCUGAUCCAUCUGAACAACCAAGACAGGAGGAACAUGGAUUCCUUGGUAACAGAUUAUCUGCAACUGAGGAAAAGGUUUACCCAGCACCACCUGUGCAGCCUAGAGUGCAGGAUAAAGGGUACACAAGUUCAAAAGAGAAGCAAGGCCCUGAAAAAAGUCCAGAUCCCCAUAACAGAGAUUAUUUGAAUCAUGAUUAUGAUACUGACCAGCAGGAGGACUUUUCUGCUCCGUUGUUCAACAGCUCCCAGGUGAAAAUGUUUGGCCCUGGUUACAGACGGAGAAGCAGCAGAGAUGAACAGUGUGAUUUGGAUAAUAGCCUUGAAGAGACUCAAGGUCCAAUUCUGAAUGAAGCCUACCAGUACAACCUUUCACAGAAAGUGGACAAGAAAGAAAUGACAGCAAGAACAGGACUUACUCCCAGACACACUGAUCGUGUGCAGCAACUUCCUCAUCAGUUGACUGGACAUGCAUCUACAGAGGAUCGGUCAGUCCAGGAAAUGCAACAACCAACAGUGUCAAGUCCUGUUAGAACCAUGCCUGUUGAACCACGUGCAAUAUUAGGACGCCACACUGGGAAGACUCCAACAUCUAUGGAAUUAAACAGCAAUAAGGUUGAGCAUUUUGAACAACAUGCUGAGCCCAAUGAAAUAUUUGUGAACUAUGAGAGAGGGCAGAGUGAUGAUCAGGAUGUGAAUUGGGAUGCAGCUAGACAGUCUGACAGAUGCGAUCCAUCUUAUGACAUGUCCAACAGGCUUGCACACUUUAACUUGAACAAAGAUGAAGCUCAAGAAAUUGAUAUGAGGGAAAACUAUCCUUCAUCUCUGAUUAAUCCGUCCACCCUUAACUCAAAUGUGUGCAUAUCAAAACCUGUUGCAUCUCAGUUACCUAUGUUAGAAACUCCAGCAAAUUCACCUGUUAGUUUAACACCAAGGAACCGAGCUCGUGACCUAAGGGAGGCUACUCUCAGGAGGAUGACUCGAGAGACAGCUCAGGGCCAUGAUCCCCAUCUAUAUGCAGACAACAUAAGGCCUCGUAAAGGGGCAAGUGAUAAUCUGGAGAGAAGGUUCCAGGAUGAAGCCAAUCAUGCUCCUGAAAUAGAGGAAGCAGAACGAUUUGAAAAUUACGAAUUAGAAACUGCUCCAUUUCAAUCAGAGCAAACUGAUCCUCAGUGGACUAUGACCCCUGUCAAUUCUCCUGCAGCACGAAUUUGCCAGGAACCAAAAUUCAUCAACAGGGCACCUUCCACUCCGGCUCCAAACCAAUCCCAGCACCAAGGUCCCAGUGCUCUGCUUGGCCACACCCCGGCUCCACAGGCCAUACAUCCUGCAUCACAGAACCAGCCAACACUACCAGCAAGAUUGGAGGCCAUUGCGGGACCUAGGAAGCUCAGGUACCUUGUCAAAGAGCUUGGAGAAGUCUGCAAAGUUGGAGGGGAGUCUGAGCUGCAGUAUGUGGUUGAAGACAUUCAGGAGUGCAUUGAGGCAAUCCCUCAACUAAAACCCACGUUCAAUCUCCAGACAGAGGUUGACCUUUUGCUUCAGCCUCUCCGCUCAGAGAACAGUCAACUCAGAAGGAGACUUAGAAUUGUCAACCAGCAACUGAAGGAGAGGGAGAGACAAGAGAAGGAAAACACAAACCAUGGAAUCAACUUUGAAAUGCUGCACCUCCAGACUGACAAUGCAUCUCUGCACCGCCAGCUGAAGGAGGAGAAGGAGCUGACCCACAGACUGUCCCAGGAGCUCGAACGCAUGAAGUACGAGAGGCAGAGGCUGAUUGUUGUACUUGGUGAUAAGGAGAAUGACUGUACAAGAACCAGGGAGGAAUCGUGCAAGGAGUCUCAGAAGUUGCAGUUUGAGUUGGAACUUGCCCGGAAACAGACUGAGGGAAGUCACCUGAGACAUGCAGCAUCAGAGAGUGAGAACCGCAUCCUGCAGGUGUCUCUAAAACAGCGGGACUUGGAGAUCACCAGGCUGCAGGACCUGGUCCAGACAUUAAAAGAUGGUGUAGGUGAAGUUCUUCGUAGUUUGGAUAAUGGUGGUCAAGCAAAUGGGGCAUCUACGAUAGAAAACAGCUUCAGUCUUCAGAAAAUGCUACUUCUACUAAAUAAACAGGGAUCAGGCUACAGUCCUGCCAAGAGUGUUAUGUCUGAUCCGGGCCAGCCAACAGUAAAUAAGGAAGCUGUGGCAAGUGCCAAGAAAAACCUGAAGUUUGACAACAAUCCUGUGUCAUCUCCAAGGAAAAGUAAAGUUUCUCCUCUUAGUAAAGAAGCUCUACAUCAACACAACAAGCUACUACGUAAAGAGACCCCAAAGACUGAAGACCUUGUUGCUCUUGAGAAAGGAUUCCAGAGCUACAUGUCACCGUUCAAUUCCUCCCCGAAGAGUGACCGAGGAUCAGUGACUGAGAUGUUGCUUAGGAACUGUUCAAGUAGAAGUCGUGAAAUCAGAGAUCCAGUCAAGCCAAGCACAGGGAGUGGCAGACAGGUGAUGAAACUGCCACAGCCCAACUUUGAUACGAGUGACAGUGGGCUUGACACAGAGGGAACCCCUGGCGCCUCCAAGCCCAUCAUUCCCAGUCAGGUAGCCCCCCAAGACUCUAGUUCACUACAAAGUGAAGCUUUCAAGGGCACAGAGUUAGAUCUUAGUCUCAGUACUAUUGAAGAGGAUGUUCGAUCUGUGGUGUCUGCAGUGACAUCGACUACAUCACUGUCAACAGUGGAUGACAAAGCUUUCAGAGAGGGCAUAGCUGCUCUUGAUGCUAAUAUUGCUAAAGUACUUAAUGCUUUGGAAAAAACAAAAAAAAUGUUUUCGUAAUAUGGAACGCUUUUGUUCUGCUUGUAAGAAAUGUUGGUGCUUUUUGGUUUGUUUUUCAUGUUUAUGAACAGGUUAUUUGUGUUGAACAGGGUUUUUGAAACUGAAAAUGAUUCAUGAAAGUGAAUGAUGCUUUUAGCAGUUUUAGCAUGACUUUUUUAAUGUGCUUUUCUUUUAAAGUGCAUUAAUCAUAUACAUUGAUAUACACAAUCUGAAUUCUUUUCUGAACAUGACCCUGUAAUAUAUAUCUGUGAUCCGUUAGAGUCACAUAGUGUGGAGUCAUAUACACCCUUUUGACAGAAUCGUAUGUAUGAAACAAAUUCAAAUUCAUCUUUGCCUUACUCAAGACCACUGAAUCAGGGUUAAAUCUAAUAUGUUUGUCCAGCAAAGCAAUCAAACAAUUGUCUUCCUGUUGGAUUUUCCUCACGCAAAAACAAAAAUCUGUUUCUUAUUUCAGCCAAUCCAAAAAUAAUAUAUGGGUGAUACCAGAAUGUCUGUAAGAGGUAUGGGGCGUAGGGUUGGGGCUCCAGAUAUGGGUUGUUCAGGAAACAUAUUUUUUUGGCCUAAAACAUCAACAAAGGCCAGGCUCUAAGGAGUCCAAACGAAUGCACAACAGCGUCAGCAGUGAUGUAUUUCAUGGAUUUAGUAUUUCUGUUAGUGAUUGUCUACUUAAUACCUAUCACGACAACAGAGGAUUGGUCACUUGUAUUGAGUAGGAAGGGUGCAUCGGUUUGUUUGUUGAAAGAGUUGGAUUUUUUCAUAACAAAGGUUUCCUGUUUUAUGACAAUACAUAGCUCUUGGUUUGUUCUAUGUAUCUAACUUGGUAGGAUCUUAUUUGCUUUGUAGAGAAGAACUUCAGUUUGUAUCAUCUAAAUUUUCGUUUCAUAAUACUUUGUUGGCUUCACUAACAUUAAUCCCUGAAAAGGAUGACAAAGGUUUCUCUUGAGACAGUUGGAUGAGUACAAGCACAUUGCUCGGUUUUGAUUUGUAGCAGCUUUCAUGACAUUUAUCCAUGUAAAUGGAUUUUACAGAAUGAUGUAAAUUUUGUUCAAACAAGUGCAGCCUUACUGGCAAUACAGUUGUGUUCCUCAAUGAAACUUAUGCCAAUUUACAACGAAUACUAUGCUCAAAUCAUUUACAAUAUUUUAUCUUUUAUAUAUCCUGUCUAAGUGGAGAAAAGUAAAACUUCUUAACAUACACCUAAUCAAAAUAUAUGUCCUAUUUAUAUAUGUAAGCUCUGUAUCUAUAUGUAAUAGUGGCCCUACUCUCUCAAUGAUAUCGGCCAAGAUAAAUUGAUUUCACUGUUCAGUGACAUGAGUAUUUAACACUUAUUGACAUGAGUGUUUAAGGUUACAGUGUCAUACCUUGUUUUUUAAGAUGUUUUGUGGUAUAUAUAGAAUUGUCUCAAAGUUCUCAUUAACAAGUUACAUGUAAACACAUUUGGACACUACAAACUAUUACAAGUACCGGUACAUGUUCCAAGGAAGAAUAACUUUUAUGUCUGAACUUGCAUAUAUCAUAUCAAAUUUUUAAUAGGGCUUUUUUUUCAGUAAGUAUAUGUACUUAAUUUUGGUAAAAACUAAAACAUAUCAACUAUUUUCAUGCCUUAUGACUUCCGUUGAUGCAAUUUUGUGGAUUGAUAGAUAUAUCUAAAUGAUGUGCUAAUAUACUUUGUUGGAAGUUUAUUAUUUUGUGAUGGUGGUGUAUUACAUUUUGAUGUUGUGUUAAUCUUUGCCAUUCAUCAUAUUUCUUUCAUAAAGCUAUUUCAAUCAAUUAAUUUCAUGUCAGAAUGUCUGGUUUACUGUGUUGCUCUAAGCUAAGAUUUCUUGUACUGAAAGUAUUUAGCCUAAUUGCACUUUUGAGUAUGUAAACCUCAUGCAGAGUUAAGAGCUUGAAUGUAUAUUGUAACUUUCUCAAUGGCUAACGUUCCUUAAAAAAAACUACAUUAAGCAAAUGCUUGUUUGCAAAGUUUAUGUAGCAACAUACGUAACAUACUUUCAAUGUUUGCUUUUCUUUGUGAAUUGUUUUUGUUGUUUAUGAUUAUACAAGGAUGCUUCUUAGAUUCAUUACAGUGAAAAGUUAGCAGUUAAAUUUCAAGUAUGCAGCUUCUUCUAUUGCAUCAAUGGAUAUCGUCAAAUUUCUUUUUUCUCAUCUUGGAAAGGUGAAGUUACUCCAUAUCUGGACAGAAAUAGUUGUCUUUACAAGUUUGUGAAGAAUUUCAGUCUACCCGGUACUUUACUUUCUCAAAGCAAUGAGAAAAUCUCAUACUGGUCACUUCAGUAUGUAUGAAAAUCCAUUGGCUUGUUGCGUAUUUGUUUGAUUAUGGUCCCAAUAAGUUUCAAGGAUGAGAAAAACGGCAGUGUCUUGUCAAUAUUGAUGUUUGAAAUAGAAGUGCUUGAUUUGGUAUUACUCAACUUCUAUCCCUUUUCAUGAUCAAAAUGAUUAACAUUAAAGACAUUUUAGUUCAGUGCAGAACUAGAUUACAGAAUUCAUGGAAUUACUUUACUUGCAAUAGUAUCAUAGGAUUGAGGUUGUGCUUUUAGUAGAACCAGAAUCUCAUAUGAAAUACUCAAAUACUUCUCGAUUGUGUGUUAUUAUCCAGGUUUCAUUGAAACUUUCAGUGUUUGACUUCUCUAAUGUAGAAUAUCAGCAUAAUGUAGAAUGUUGGUCAUUUUAUCAUAUGACAAACAUAGAAUAGAAUGAUGAUUUCUCUUUAUCAAAAUCAUCAGUUCUGAAAAUGAGAUGCAGUUGUUUAUUGCUCCUGUUUUGAAAUGUUCAUAUUCUGCAUUAGUGAAAGAUCAAGAUUCAUCCACCAGAUUUUAGAAGUUGAUGUAUUACCAAAAUUGACGGUGUUAAAAUUCUAUUGCAUGAACACACCAGAUUAUAUGUGUUCAGUCAUGAAUGUUUAUCUACAGAAUAUCUUUAUGUGUCUGUCUCCAAGUAAUUUAAUCUUGUUGCCUUGUUCUGUGAUCAUCGUCUACUGAGACAGUAGUUUUUGUCAAAGUAUUCACUUGAAUAGUGCCUCUUUACGAUAUUACCUGCCAAAUCCAGUGACAUAAUGUUCUGAAAAUAGGGACAAACAUUUACACAUAUUCUUUACUGUUUACCCCCAAUUCCUAUUUGUUACAGUUAUACAUUACCAUUUUCAAUGUUUCAACUUUUGAAGUUGUGAAAAAUAUUUACUUAUUACUUUGCAAAUUACUGAUUUAUCAUUUUUCCCUUUGAUUAUCCUACCAGUGAUAUUUACAUCGAGAUCACGUUGGUUAUAUGUACAUAUUGAGUGUUUGUUUUAGUGCUUAUGGGAGACGCAAACUAAGACACAGUCCACUUCCAUUGUCUACAAGUGUACAUUUAAUUGUGAGACAUUUUGUUGUUUACUUUUUUUCAUCUUGACUUGUCUGUGAUCGUGCCAAAGUAAGACAGUAUUAUUUACACGUUGAUAAAUAUACCCAUUUCUACUGUAUAGUGUCAAACUAGGGCUUGAUACUGGUUAACCUUGGACUUCAAGAUAACACAAUCUUGAACACUCCCUUGUAUGCUUUACAAGUUUGUCUUUUCUUUUAUUCAUUCCAUUGAUCAGAGUAUGUACUGUAUGGAGUCUUUCAAGUCAAUAUUGUGUGUUGCACAACGGUCAACAUACAUAAAUUGUCAGAUUUCCACUUUGAAUUGAUGAAGUGGACAGCGGUUUGAACAUUUAAUCUUGAAUGCAUCUCAUUAAGUCAACAGUCCACAUACCUUCUAAUGUGGUCCAUUUUAGUGGCAAGUUAUUGACCAAUUAAUGGGCCAAACAUGCAUGUUUCAAAGUGAAGUCGAACCAGAGUCUUUAAACUGACAUUGUGUAGUGUACAAGUGCUUCUCUUUCAUUUGUCAAAUUUUGGGGUUGGGCUUUUUACCUGUAAGUGGGUCUCCGUCUGGAGAACAAGAAAAUCAUUGAAGCUCAAAAAUAUUUAAGGCUGUCACAUUGAAUAGUUUUCCUUUCACAAGAGCAAUUUUAACAAUGCUCUGCACAUAUUUUGUGUCAUUUUGGGUUAUUGCUUAUGUUAGUCUAUGGAUUUUCCGAUUUUAUUAACGAUCCCUUCAGGUUUAACAUAGUGAGGUUUAACUAAGUUGAUCGGAUCAAAUAUGUGUUGCGAGACUGAUGAUUUAUUAGGAAUGGGAGUAUCCCAUUAUUAACUAUGGGUAGAAUCCUAACCAUCCAGAUUGAUGCUACCUCAGACUAUUAGUGUCUUAAUCAUGUUUGCACAGUGUAACUAAUGUCAUGCCAAUUACAAGUAACCUACACAUGCAUUAAUUCAGAUCAUUUACUUUGAUACGAUACCUCCUUGCAUUAAAAAGAUCUGAGGACGCCUACAUAGAAGGUUGCAUCAGGUGAACCAAUUGAAAUGAAGACUGCAUCUGUUCUUGGGCCCAUCAGCAGACAGCUUUCUAAAAUGAUUUGGCUUCAUUUUUUAACCACCAUGAUUUUGAAAUUUCUGUUUGUAAAACUGAAGACCACACAACACAAUUCUUCAUUCGGUUUGUUUGUUUGUUGUUUUAAGCCGCACUCGGCAAUAUUCCAGCUAUAUGACAGCGAUCCCGUUAGUCGCCUCUUACGACAAGCAUAGUCGCAGUAUGGUAAUUCCCUGUUGGUUGUACAAGAAGCGAUACUCACAAAUGAGGAUGUAUGAAAAUAUCCACUACAAUAUUAGGAUGCCGCUAUACUUCCCACUUUCAGAACCUGUCAUUUUAGUUCAUUUUCAAGAUAUAGAAAACAGAUAUGCUGUUUUGCAUUCUUCAAUCACUCGUACUAAGAAUUUAGAAGCCCUCAGAUCUUCCCACAGAGAGGUAUCAUAUUGAGUAAAAGACCUGAUUUUCAUGAGAUUAAAUUAAUUUUCAAACACAUGACAUAAAUGGUGACGUGAAAUCUUUGUCCAUGGUACAUUUGAUAUUACAUUUGAGAACACAAUGAACAUGGAGUGUCACUCAUUGUUAUUAACAAAAUAUUUAACAAGUGUCAAUGUUGUUAUUUGAGUGAGUUCAUCAACUAAUAUUACAGCAACUCAUGUUAACCAGUGUCAAUCCACAUGUUUGUCAACUCCUUCAAAUAGUUAUAUGAUCUAUACAGACUUAUGAUGUUGUCAUGAUUAGAAAUGUCAUGAAUCCUGCGUAGGGUAUGCUAGCAGUCAGCAUUUGUUCAGUGUCUUAGCACUGCCUCUAUCAAGUUCAGAUACAUGUACCGGGAUAUUUGAAAUAUGUCAUUUUCACUACAUCAUUGCAGAACAAAACUAAUAUAUUUAUGGCAUAAUUGCAUCAAAAUAAAACAUCCACAUCCAUCUAUUUGCCAAGGUAAUGUUGGAUGCUGAUUUGGGUAUUUAAAAGCUUUUUAAAGCUGCCAUUAUAUGGCUUUAGUUGUUAUUUUAAUAUGGGCAAGGCAUAACUCAGUUCCCUCAUUUAACAGGUGUUUAUUCCAAAAAUAUCUGAAGGGAGGACAGGAAUAAAACCAGAAGAAAAUUAAAUAACAUGUUUUUUCAGAAUUAAAAAAAAGUCUGACUAAAUUUGUUUUUGCAUUGUGCCUAUAUUUGUAUUUUCUUGUUUGGGUUGAUUAAUUUGUCUUGAAGAAAAAUGUCAUCCUUUGCUUCAAAUGGAGUCUUUCCAGGAGUGAGUUUAGAAGAGCAAAAUGUUUAAAUGUAACUACAUUUUUGGAUUACAAGUAAUGGAAUUUAAAAAAUUAUUUUUAGAAAUUUAAAAAAAGGGACAGGCUUUUCUGUAAAGCAAGUGAUUAUUUUGGUAUUACUAGAAAUGUUCAGAUGUGAUUGCUGUAACCUCUGAUGGGACUACAGAAGUGUCAAUUAUUGACUGCCUUCCAAGAAGAUAGACAUUCCUGAAAGACACUCUUAAACAUUCCAGUGUUCAGUGAUUCAAUUUCACGGACUUAAAGCCAAAGAUUAGAUAGCAUCAUAUAAACAUUUCUGAAAACAACACAUUUUGUACACAAGUGUGCAAUAGGUAAAUAGUAACCAACGUUAACCAAAAAACAAGGGCAUAAAUAUCUUCAUUUUAUUCCCUUAAAUGUUCUGUGAUUGAUAUGAAAACAGUAUUUUAACAUUAGAGUUCAAAAGCAAAUACUUGAUAGGUUUUGGGGAAAAAUAUUAUAUGUUUGCAUUGUUUGAAGGAGUUGACAAAAUUUAGAUUCUAUAUGAAUACCUGCAUUUAUUUUGCAUGAUUUUGUGCCAAUAUUGCACAAGAUGUUUGUAUAUCUCACAGGACCAGGUUUAUUUUAUAUAUUGUACUGUCUUGGUCAAUCUUGACAUUACUUGUCCAGGAGACUUUUAUUAUUUUUCCAAGACAAAUUUGUUUUCAAUUUGAUCUUUGUAUUAAAAGUUGAAUCAUUUUA